AUGGAACUAGAUGGUAAAGCGGAUGGAGGUCUGGAUACUCUACGAGAUGUGACUACCGGAUUAGAGGCCCAGUUAAAAAAGCUAACUUUUGGUGGCGUUAACGAAGGCUAUUUGUCCAUUGAGUACUAUGCCACAGAUCUACCUGAUAAAAAUCCUACGAACGUGGAAGAUCUUGUAAAACUUAUUCAAGAGUUCCCAUCCAGAUUGAAAACAAUUAAUAACGGGCUGGGAGUUUCUAUUAAGGUAUAUUUUUAUUGCGUUUUGAAAGAGUGGUCAAUCUAAGUUUUUAUAAUAAUGACAACGAUAAUAAUGGGUGCAAAUAUCGAGUUCUUAUCUGGAUGACCUAAAUAAGUUGUGCUCUACUAUAAACGCUUUUGAUCUAUGAUCCCAUAAAGUGGUCUUGCUGGCAGCCAUAGUAGGGAACUUAAGAACAGCAAAAAAGCAAUAGGGUUAGAUUGGCAAAACAGCAAUUCUGCACGUGCAUCACGCUUUUUUUCUACAUUUCUUUUGCGGUCACUGCACGACUACGACGUGAAAAUGGCCGUUUUUAUGCUAGAAACGUUAAAGUCGUCUUAAGACGGCUUUAACGUCUAGUAUAAAAACGGUAAUUAAGAGAGACGCAUUUAAACGUCUGACGACGUUAACGUCUUCUGUUAAGUAAAACAGGAUGCUAUAAAUUGGGACGCAUUUAUGUCCAACUCGUCCAGAGACGACUGGGAAGAGUCAGCGUUGUUGUUGUUUUUUUUUUCAGAGCACUCCGGGCUUUCUUUCAAUGUUAUCGUCCACUUUCAUGUGUCCCAUUUUUACCCCAGUCGACUUUAACGUCUCAGACGUUAAAUACGUCUAGACCACUUUAACGUCUUUAGCCUGGGGGACGUGAACAAAAGACAACGAUUUUCUCUUACUUUUCCUGAAAUUCGAUUCAGUCUUUUAGAAUUCAAGUUUGCCAACAUUUGACGAAUUGAACAAGAUGGAUCCAGUAAGGGCGGUAAAGUUUGACGCACCCCGACUUCACUUUUUAACAAAAUGUUUUUAAGUGACGUUUUCAUAACCGUCGCCAUCGUUGUUGCUUACGCUCCCUUUUACACGGGAAAUUUACGUUCAUUUAACAGGAGGUGUUAGAGACAUGUUUCUUGCUAGACUUGCUUCAGCGAUUAAAAUACCGUAUUUAAACGAUUAAAAGCCGCGUUAAAAUUUUAGUACUUUGAUACGGUGUUUAUUCGAGGGCGACGUUUCAGUGAUCAAGUAUUAUACUACAAACUAUAAAUUUUACAACUGUGAUGUAUUUGGUUUUGUUUUAGAUUGAACUUCAACCAAAAGAAAGUGUUUACCCAGCAUUAGAUAAAGUUUCAAGCGUCCAAGUGAUGGAAUGCGACAUCGAUGAAAUAAAGAGCUGCUUUGACGAUCUUUAUGAGGCACAGAGACUUGUGUCAGAGUACAAGGAUAAAGGGGGAGUGCUAGACAGCGACAUGAAAAAGUUCAAUUCUGUUGUUACCAAGACCCUGUGUACGUUCCGCUCUGCUAUAUCCAGCCUAGAUGAAGAAAAAGUUGAAGAAUGUCUAGAGAAGUACGGGAACGCCUUGGAUGGAAUUUACUACGGAAAAAAAUUUGCAACAUGCUGGAAGGAAAUGUUAACGAAAAAACGGGAAAAGGUGUGUAUAAGUUUUUUUUAAGCUACGCGCCAACUUAAAUGUACUUAAGUAAGGGUUAUCGGCCUGAAGCGAGGGGUUAUGUGAUUUAUUCCCCUCGUGCGUUGCCCGAGCAAGAGGAAUAAAUCACAUAACCACGAGCUGAAGGCCGAUAAACGGGUUAUUUUUACAUUGGCGACGAUUCCUCAAGGGAUGCAAAAAUACAACGACGAAAAAUGCCUCUAUUGUUCAUCUUUUUUUGUUUUUUAACACUCCAUGCUGGCACUGUCUGCAUUCACAAGUUUCUCGGCUUUUUAAUCAUGUUAGUUUAAGUCGCAUUUCGAAUUAGUUGCUCGUAGUGAAUGUUAGAAACAGCCUAAAAAAGGGCCAAAGGAAAGAGCCAAGCAGUGUCGAGCGAUUCAGAGUCAGAAGUAGAGCCGUUUAUUAUCCAAACUAAAGCAGCUUUAGUGGCGGUACUGCAAUUGAGCUUUCGGAAAACAAUUUUGAAUCUUCAUUUGCGGGUGCAGACAACGAGCAAGCAGUUCACAAUUUCAGUUUUCGCACGGAGGAUCUUUCGACCGACCUGCAUGUUUACAGAUAAAGAAGAUUCCGGGCGAGGGAUCACUACUGGAACUGACAAGGAAAUUUAGGCGAGGAAUAAAGCAAGAAUACCACAAAACACAAAGAGGUCAACUAACAUGUCUUCAUGGAGUACAGGAGUUUGGGAUGACUGGUUAAAGAACGGAACACCUUACCAUGAUAACAGUGACACUUUCCUGGAACCGUAGAAUUUUAAAGACACUGUUCAAUUUCGGAAAUCGAUGAACCACCAACUAAGAAAAUCCGUAAAUGUGGCGCAAAAGAAACGGAGUUCAGUUUAAUUUUAGUAAUUGUAGCGUCGUGUUUAAUAUUUCCAAUAAGCAUAUAAAUUUGUAAAUUCGUUCUUUAUGAAAAGUUAAUUAAAAUGUGAGGGGAUUAUGUAUUAAUCUGCAAGGGGGAUAAGGGCCUGUUUACAUGGAGUGGGGGACCCCGGUCUAGUGAGGUUGGUUUCUUUUGUUGUCACGCUUUGGGGAACACAAAACAAAAGAAACCUACCCCACCAAACCGGGGUCCCCCACUCCAUGUAAAAAGGGUCUAAGUCACUUAUCCCCCUUGCAUAUAUAGAGGAUAUUACACGGUGGCGCGAAGAUAUGAAUUUUAUUUUCGAGUGGCAAAACAAUAUUUUACGAACGAGCGCAGCGAGUGAGUAAAAUAUUGUUUUUGCCACGAGAAAAUAAAAUUCAUAUCUUCAAGCCGCCAUUGUAAUGUUCUUUUUAUUAUAUAGACAAAAAGACAUCGAUAAAAUAAUAGAGGGAAAUGACCGAAAUUACGUCAUCGAUAAACUCGCGUGUGAGAUUAUGGAAAAUAAACCACUCGGGUCCCGGAUGUAGUUUUUAUGAAUUUCACGAGUGGUAUUUUCCUGUAAAACACUCGUGUCUAUAUAAUAAUAAUACAUAAUCCCCUCGCAUUUUAAUUAGCUGUUCAUUAGCCCCGCUCUUCCCUUCAAACAAUCAAAGCCGCACCUAGCUUUUCAGACAGUUGAUUCGGGGGUUAUGUAAUAUAUUCUCCCCGAAGAGAACAAAGGAAUCCGAGCUUAUGUAAAAAUAAUAUUUCAGUAUGGGUGGUUAUCACGUUACGUCAUUGCCGCCAUGCUGGUGGACGGUAAACAAAAGAUCGCUCAUUAGCUCGCUUUGUUUGUCCACCAGCAUUUGUUCAUUUCACCAUUGUUAUUUGUGUCUCCCGAGAUUGCAUGAAAACCACCUAUACUUUAAUUUUAAGACCAUUUUCCCUGAGACUAAUGGACCCUAACAGUGAAAAGUGCAGGUAUGUAUUUGAAAUAACUGAGCUGGUGGUUCUAUAGUUUCUAAAUCAGAGUCAGUUGGAAGUACUAAAUAUCCUCCCGCUUAACUUUCGGUACAGUGCAAGUCAGUUUCUUCCAUUAUUAUGCAUGAAGUCUCUAACAAUUGUUUGCCGGAAAAUAGUUCUAACUUAUUUCUUGAACCUUCACAAGUGCAUAGCUACAAAACUAGGUUUUCAGAGACUGGUAAUCUUUACAUUAAAUAUUCCAAGGCAAAUCAUUUAAAAUAUUCGUUUCCUAGAUUUGGUCCAAGAAUUUGGAACAGUAUUCCUCAAAGUGUCCGAGUACUUCCUAAACACAAAUUUAACGCUUCUUUACAUCAGCUCCUUUUACAUAUUUUAGAAUUAGAGGAUACUUAAGUUGACACACCUACUUUGAUUAAUAAACUAAGCAAGAUGACAAGAAAUGUAAAAUAUGUUUGUUAUUUUGUAUCGUUGUAUUGUAAUAACUUCAGUAAAUCUUCUUGUGUCAUUUAUAUAGAUCUAUCAUCCUUUUUCUUUCUUCUGCUUAAUUUCUUCUUAGUAAAUUACUUUGUUUCCUCUACCCGCCUCGAUUAGCUAAGCUAUUUGAGAGCAGAGGAUUAUAUGUUUUAAUUUAAUUUAAUUUGUAACUUAUGAAGAUCAGUAAACUUCAGAUAUCAAAAAAUUAAGUAAAUUGGAAUAACCACAAUGAAAAUUGAAAGAACGCGAAUUCACAUUUCAAGCGACGUUUCAGCCACAGUCCUCGGAUCUUAAGGUCCCUAUUAUUAAUUGAAAUAAUAGAAAACACUUCUUUCCUUGUGAUUUAUUUCAAAUGAUUUCCUACUUUCUUCUGCCCUCACUGUCUGCAUGCUGUUUUGAUCUACGCACCUUCAACAACUUUCACAUUUCUGACUGCUGGUAAGAUCAAUUGUCUUUCUCGCUUGCUAAUGGAUCUCAACAGAAGAAGAUAACGGCCGGGAUCUCCAAAAGAUGAUCUUUGAUCGAGAUAAAGUGGUGGCCGUAUUUACGAGGAUGUAAAUAAAUAACAAAAUCAGUAAACUUUUAUUCGGGAAAGGAAACAACUGGUCGUAAUAACGCUGUGAUAUUUUACGACUAAAGGUGGUUCUAAUCUAGGGUUUAACAGUGUAGUAGUCAUGAUGAUUUUACAUUUUUGUUCAUUUUUUUGCAGCUUCAAACAACUAACAUAAAGGUAGGUUAUAUUAAGAAAUGUUCAAGAAAAUUCUUUUAGGAAUCAGUCGACCAUCUGUGAUUUUUAUACAAAGCCAUAUUUCGCCCAUUCAUAGCAUGUGCCAAAGCUGAGAAAUUUGGCACGAACACAAUAGAAUAGAAUAGAAAAAAAUCCUUUUGUAUGUAUCACUACAUUAUGGUACUUUUGAUUGCACAUUCCGUUCUUUGCAAAAGAGCGAUGCCAAAUGAACAAAUUCAAACAAAGUUAUAACAGACCUUAACCUCGGGAACUGAGCACCGGGUCCCCGUCUGCACACGUUUUCUGUUAGUAGUCCGCUGCUUUGGAUACCCAUAAAUGAUCCUGUUAAGGCCACGUAUCAAAAUGGUGCUUGGGCAGGGUGCAAUACAGCAAAUACCUCGUACCAUUUUACCAUGGUGUGGUCGUUUGGCCUAAACAGAGUAAUUAAAUUGAGGGUGUUGUCCUAAAUGUUAGCCUUUUUUUGUCCUAGACAGGGUCAGGGUUUCAAACCUUUACCCAGAUAUUGGUCUAAUCCCCCCCGGGCCAGAUGACUUGUCAUUAUAACUAAUAUACUGCCUUUUCUACUGUAGCUUCCAAGUGGAAAAGACCUCACUGUUGUUCUCCUCGGGAAGACCGGCAAUGGAAAAAGCGCGACAGGAAACACAAUCAUUGGGAAAAAUUGCUUUCGGUCUACGCUGGAUCCUUCUUCUCGAACACAGCAAUGUGCCUAUGGAACCAGAACCCUCGAGCGUCACAUUUCCGUGAUAGACACCCCAGGCCUUCUAGAUUCCUUCACAGUUGAAAGGCUGAAAACUGUGCCUCUUACAAGCGGAACAAGACACGCCAAAAAACAGAUUUGGAAAGAAGUGUACAGAAUUUUUGCACUGGCUCCGACUGGAUUUGAUGCUAUCCUGCACGUUGUGAAGUAUGGUUCUCGAUUCACAGACGAAUGUAGACAAGCAUUACGGCUCCUGAUCAACUUUCUGGGCAGUAGAUCUAAAGAGUACUUGAUUCUUAUUCUUACAUAUGGUGACCAGGCGAAGUUGGACGCAGAAGACGAAAACAUAAGAGUAGAAGAAUGCAUUUGGCGGUGGAUUCGCACAUUGCCACAUUGGGUGCAAGACUAUAUCAACGACAUUAGUGGUCGAGUGGUACUGUUUGACAACAGGCUGAGGGAAGAUAAAGAUCCUGUGGGCUUUAAAAAGCAAUUGACUCAUCUUAUUGAGGUAAAUAGCGUUCUAUAUUUGCGGGGCUUUGUUAUGAAUCUAAGCGAUAUGUUCCAAAUCAGUGCAUUCUGAUUGUCGACUGAAUGGCUAUUUGAACUCGGGAUAGCGCUGCUAGCCGUUUAGGAAUGAUAACAGAAUUAUUAGUACGGUUAUACAAAAAGCUAAACGAAAUGAUUUUCCGAGAGAUUCGGAAAAAUAAAAAAGCACACACAAAAUAGAAAAAUCUCUCAUAACAGGAUAAUAAUAAUCAUAAUAAAUGUAGAGACGAUCAUCGCAGUUAAAGGCUCGACCAUUAUGCAGUUGUGAAAAAAAAGCUUCAAGAUUGCGAUACCGGGGCAGCGCUCUAGACAAUUAAGCUAGCAAGCUUUAAAAAGUCGUGAAAAAAAACAGUACUGGGAUCCGAAACAUUGAAUUUUGAAUUUCCCAUUAACGUGUUGUAGGAGUCGGCGGUAUAGUUCACUUGUGGAGGCUGGUGUUGAUUGUCACAAAUCUAACGUGAAACGGCUAGCUUUACUUCUCAAAACAGUAAAACGCAUGCUCUUUUUAGACAAUAUUUUGUUACGCUACAUUCUGAUUUAUAAUCUAGAAGUAUCUUUUAAUUUCACUUAACAUUUCUACUGUUAAAUGUGAUUAAAAUGUUCACUGUGCUGUAAAAACUGUUCUUUUCCUUACUCCCGGCUAUUUUCUUUCUUUCUAUUUUCUAUUUUCUCUUUUUCGAUUUCCCUUGAAGUUUCGAGUUAUCGGGAGCCUACUGAACAAUAAUGCUGCGGUUAAUUCUUGGCUCGCUAAACGCUAUUGUAAUACGUAGCUCCAAAUCUAGCCAAAAUUGUUCUUUGUUUCCCUUAAAUCAGUACGUGAUGUAUAUUAUCUAUGCAACCUAUAAGUAAACGUCACGCAGUGACGUAAAAUAAGGAACUAGCGUUACCUAAUAUAAAAUACAAUUGACUAUUAUCUGACAUUACCUAAGAGCUAUGGAAAUAACGAAAUAAAAUUACUUUUCUGCUUUCUUUCAGACUAUCGACAAAAUGAAUUUUCGAAAAAGUCCUUUUAUCAACAGUUUGACUAACGCUUCUAAAGAAGUUCUCGAUGAGCACGUCAAGAAAGCUUUGGACUCCAGUGGAUUUACUGUGGAGUUUGAAAAGCUGGAAAAAGAGAGGAGACAAAUUGAAGAUCUGCUAAAGGAAGGAAAGCUUAGUGAGGAGGAGAAAGUUAAGUAUGACAAGUUACUCAGGGAAGUUAAUGUCAAAUUUGAUGCCAAAGAGAAAGAGAGGAAAGGGAUAGAAAAACAAAAAAGAGAAGAACAAGCAGAAAAAGAGUCUCAAGAAUCUGGUGGGGAGGCAACAGAGAGAGUUCAAGCCCAGGCGGGCUGGUGGAUAUUUACAGCCCAGGGCGGGUGUUUCCCAGGGUCAUCCACAUUUGUCGACAAGUACGGCUUGCAAAGAGAGAUGCAUUCUUUGAAGACUGGCGAAAAAGUUCAGGUCGCUGCGAAAGGGAGCAUUUGCCUAGAACCGGUCAUCACUUUCAUUCACCGUGAACAAGACAAACUGCAGGAAUUCCUUAGCAUCACCACAACAAAAAACAACAACUUGAAGAUAACCGAAGACCAUCUUCUCUUUGUGGAAAAGAAGGGCAUAUCACAAGCCAUUCCCGCCAGGGAUGUCAAAAUUGGAGACACAGUUUACGUGAAACAGAAUGGCCACAUGAGAACUGCUACAGUCCAAGAUAUCAGCAUUGUGUAUGAGAAAGGUGUUUACGCCCCAGUGACCCGUAGUGGCACUGUUCUGAUCAACGAUGUGCACACCUCCUGCUACUUUGAUGUGUUAUCACAUAAGUUGUCCCACCGGGCCAUGGGAGUUCCUCGCGCUGUAUAUCAUGUGUCCCCUCGGAUUUUACGCUGGAUUAGCGGUUUUGGAGAGAAAGAUGGAUUUCCGGGCUGGUGUAGACUGGCUCAUAAAAUCCUAACCUAG